UGACAUUGGCUACAAAACUGGAAGGACAGGACGUUUUUGAGAAAGUAAAAAUAUAUUUUUAAAUUAAACAGCAUUAAUUUAAAGUAGCCAAAAUGAGUAUGUUGGGGAACUUUGCAAGGCAGCUGAAAAGCAAAGAGUUUAGAGAUUAUUUAAUGAGCACCCAUUUUUGGGGCCCAGUAGCGAAUUGGGGUAUACCAGUAGCAGCCAUUGCAGAUACACAAAAAGAUGCUUCGUUUAUUAGUGGAAAAAUGACUCUUGCCCUGACAUUCUAUUCAAUAAUGUUCAUGAGAUUCGCGUGGAAGGUGCAGCCCCGCAACAUGCUGUUAUUCGCUUGCCACUUCACGAACGAAAUAGCCCAGCUCACGCAGGGCGCUCGGUUCAUCAAUUAUCAUUAUUUGGAGAAGAAAGAGGACACAGCAGCACCAGCCAAGGUUGACGCUGCUAGCCAAGUAGCACCAGUCGCUCCAUCCGCCAAAACCGCGUCAUAGUGUGAUAUAAACCCGCGUAGUACGGUUGGCGAACCAAGUAGUGUCAUUUGAAUUUCGAACCCCAGAAGGAAAAACGUAACGAAGUUUUAAUCAGAAGUUUUAUGCCAGGUACAAUAGUAUCUUUUUCUAGAAAGGCGUUGGGAAUCUUACAUAUCAGGGUAUCUAAAUUGUUAUUAGUUUUAGUUUUAUUUCAAAAUGUUACCAAAAUUGAUAUGUAUGAUUUAUAUUAAUUUUAUGUAUAACGUUUUAUUAGGGGUGAAUAUUGUUUGAAGUGAUUAAAACAUUUAUUUUAGUGAUUUGUAUGGCAAUUUCGAAUAUUUACUCUAAAUAAUCUUCAGUUGCCCAGACUAAGGUACAAAGUUAAUAGUAUACGCGACAGUGAGGUUUAAAAUAUAGUUGAUAUUCCUUUGAUUAAAAUGUUUCUAUAAACAUAACUUUAGGAAACUGAUCAUCCUUGGCUCUCGUUGCGACUGUCGUUCUCCCAACCAGUAACAUGAAUAGAAUCAUCUUAAACCUUAUUGUUUUUUACAGCCGAUUUUUUGUGGCGAAUUAAAAAAAAACAUAUUUCAAAAAUUUUAUACAGUAAAAAGUUUGUUAGCAAAUCUUAUCCAAUAUAUUAAAAGGCACUACUUAGGCUUGUAGAAAGCGCACAGAUAUUUACCUAUAAGUAGUUAAUUAUGACUGUGUCAAAUAGAUAAAAUUGUAGCUCAAUUAUCCCUUCACAUUUCAGAAAAUGAUAAUAAAAUAAUUUAGUAAAUGACGAAGUUUUGAACGAUGUGAAAUCUUGGAAGAUAUAUCAUCUAUACGAACAGUUACAAGAAAAAUGGGGAAAACAUGAA